UUGUAUUAUUUUUACAAUUUAAAUGAAUGUUAGAGUUUAAAGAAGAAAUAUCUUUCGACUUCAUUACGACAUAUGCUGUGCUUUUAAAGUUAUAAACAAUUUCUCAAGUUAUUCUAUUUUAUCCAGAGACUUGCUUAGAGUGGAACCGUGGAACCGGGCAAUAAGAAAUUGUUAUGAAAAUGAUACUGCCCAAUGUAUAGUUUGUAGAACUGAUUGUUGUGCAUCGUUAAGUCUCUGAAAUAUAUUUAAACUGUUACGUGGUUCGUGUGAUGUACAGAUCAUUUUCGUUUCCUUAUUAUACAAAAUGUUGUCUCCGUUUCGUUACGUGAGCUGUAAAAACGUGGAUACUCUUGUUAAUAUCUCCAGACACUAUGCAAGGGUACGAACUAAACCAAAAUUUGACAAAACCGAAGUAUUUGUAAACGAUGCAAAGCCUAAGAAGGAUCGAGUGCCGAUCAUAAAGUGUAAAAAGAGCAUGUACGAUUUCUACCAGGAUGACACGUUCAAUAAGUACAAACCGGUGUUAGCGUCCCAUGGAUGGGACAAUAGAAAAACAAAAGAUGAUCACUUCUUCAUAUAUCCUUAUAAAAGUGCUGGUUUCGAAAACGAUGAAACAAUCGAGUUUGAAACAUUCAACGACUUUGGUUUUAAUCCCACUUUGUGUAAAAAUUUAGAAAAUAUGGAUUUAAUUAAGCCGUUGAACAUUCAAAACUUAGGGAUACCAAAACUUUAUGAAGGGCACAAUGUAUUAAUAGCUGCAGAGACAGGAUGUGGAAAGACGUUAGCCUACCUUUUGCCAAUGAUAGAAAAACUUUUGGAAUGGAAGCAACGUGUCGAUAGGGAUAUAAACUGUCCGUUAGCUUUAAUCGUAACUCCUUCCAGAGAACUGACUGUACAAAUCGCGUUAGAAUUAAUAAAAUUGUCUAAGGACCUUAAUAUUAAAACAAAAAUAAUCACUGGUGGAAGAACAAAGAAGAUGCUGAUGAAUCCUCCCGUCGGUGACGUAGAUGUUCUCGUGUGCAGCUUUGGAGUCCUCAGUAAAUUGACAACAUUUCGCGUGUAUAAUCUGAGUUUCGUCAGAUACAUGGUCCUAGAUGAAGCGGAUUCUUUGUUUCACUCCACAUUCUCAGAGAAAUUAAGAGUAUUCAUGAGGAGAAUAUCUGUUGGAUUUAGCACUGGUGCAACGAAGAAUGCGUUUCCUGGUACGGCACAACUAGUUUUAGCUUCCGCGACAAUUCCCUCACGACUGGAUGAAGUUCUACACGGUAUCGUACACCCGGAUUCCCUGCAACGCGUCACGACGGAGAAGCUACAUAGCAUAUUGGUGCCGCAAAAAUUCAUAAGAUUGAUCCCGAGCCAGAAACCAUCGGAACUUCUGAAAUUCGUAAAACCAAAAGCUUUGCAGAAGCAACGAGUCAUCGUGUUCACUAAUCGUAACGGUACUUCAUAUUGGCUCGCGUGCUUCUUACGAGAAUGCGGAGUCUCGGUAGUGAAUUUGCACGGCGACAUGUCAUUAGAGGUUCGCCGGGGAAAAUACGGAGAAUUUUUGAAUGGUAAAGCGAUGGUGCUAUCGACAACGAACGGAGGAUCCAGAGGCUUGGACACGUUGAUGGUUAAUCACAUAUUAAAUUAUGAUUUUCCAUUGGAUACGGCCGAUUACGUUCACAGAUGUGGCAGAACUGGCAGAGUAGGUACCGUAGGCGAUUCAAGAGUAACGAAUUUUAUUUCGAGGCCGGGAGAGAUAGCUGUGGUUAAAAAGAUCGAAAUGGCUGCUAGGAGAAGGAGACCGAUACCGAUAUUCAAUCUCGUGGAGACCGAUGAGGCGAAAAUGGAAGCGGAGGAUCAAAAUGAUCAAUAUGUAGAAAAGCUAAUAGAAAAUCUAGACGAACCUGACUCGGUCCCCUAUUAACAUGUAUAUAUAUAUAUGUAUAUAUAUAUAUAUGUAUAUGUAAAUAUUUGCUACGUUGUACAAAUAAAGAUGUACACGUUAUAAAAA